GCAGCCGCGCCAUGGCCGUUCUAACGCGGGACUGCCCUUUCCAAAAUGGCGGCGUCAAGACGCGUCGCCAUGGAAACCACACACAACAGUCAUGGCUGAAGAGAAGGAGGCAGCAGAGGCUCUUAUGUCAGAUCUCCAAAAAAGAAUUACAGAAGCGUUUGAAGUUUUUGACCAUGAAAGCAACAAAACUGUAGAUGUCAGGGAGAUUGGGACAAUCAUCAGGUCCUUAGGGUGUUGUCCAACUGAGGGGGAACUCCAUGACAUGCUUGCAGAGGUGGAGGAAGAAGAGCCUACAGGAUACAUUCGUUUUGAGAGGUUUUUACCGAUGAUGACAAAAGUGUUACUAGAGAGAAGAUACAGACCAGUACCUGAAGAUGUUCUCCUGCGAGCUUUUGAGGUUUUAGAUGAAAAGAAAACGGGAUUCCUGACUAAGGAUGAACUUAUCAAAUAUAUGACCGAAGAAGGAGAACCAUUCACACAAGAAGAAAUGGAGGAGAUGAUCUCAGCUUCCGUGGACCCAGACAAGAAUAUUGUCCCUUACAAGGAAUAUGCUUCAAUGAUGGUAGUAGAAGACUACUGACUAGCUCAAUAGCAUUAUUCUUCUAUUAGUACAGCCUACGAGUCAAAUCAUGGAAUUAUUGCGACUCACACCAUGACUUUAAUGUUUCCCUUUGGCGAAAAGUGGUUGGAAACCAUCUUAUAGUCAUUGCAGAAAACCUGAUUAUGUUGGAUUCUUGACAGUGAUUGCUUACACCUUUUUUGCCACAUUGAAAUGGUGGUGUACAUAGCUAUGAUUCCAUGUUGUUACUAUAACUCAUGGGCAACGUCAUGGAGCCCUAAUCUGAGUUUGGCCCUUUUUUAAAUACUUUCAUAUUUUUCACUAAAUGUUUUA